UGCACAUCCGCCUUGGGGCCGACCACCUCUGCAGCAGCCCCGGAGGCUGCUUGUCCCUGCCAUGGUGCUGUGGCCCUGCUGGGCGGAUGGAGCAGGAUCCCAAGCCGCCCCGAUUGCGGCUCUGGGCCCUGCUCCCUUGGCUGCCCAGGAAGCAGCGGCCCAGGAUCGGCCAGACCUCUCUGCCUGCCCAUGGCCCUGGCUCUGGUCCCCAGCGGGACUUGGAUGAGGGCAUCCUCAAGGAGAUCUCCAUCACACACCACGUUAAGGCUGGCUCCGAGAAGGCCGACCCAUCCCAUUUUGAGCUCCUCAAGGUUCUGGGCCAGGGAUCUUUUGGCAAAGUCUUCCUAGUGCGCAAGGUCACCCGGCCAGACAGUGGGCACCUGUAUGCCAUGAAGGUGCUAAAGAAGGCAACAUUGAAAGUGCGUGACCGUGUUCGGACCAAGAUGGAGAGAGACAUCCUGGCUGAUGUAAACCACCCAUUUGUGGUGAAACUGCACUAUGCCUUCCAGACCGAGGGCAAGCUCUAUCUCAUUCUGGACUUCCUGCGUGGUGGGGACCUCUUCACACGGCUCUCAAAAGAGGUCAUGUUCACAGAGGAGGACGUGAAGUUUUACCUGGCCGAGCUGGCUCUGGGCCUGGACCACCUGCACAGCCUGGGCAUCAUUUACAGAGACCUCAAGCCUGAGAACAUUCUUCUGGAUGAGGAGGGCCACAUCAAACUCACUGACUUCGGCCUGAGCAAGGAGGCUAUUGACCACGAGAAGAAGGCCUACUCCUUCUGUGGGACGGUAGAGUACAUGGCCCCCGAGGUCGUCAACCGCCAGGGCCACACUCACAGUGCAGAUUGGUGGUCUUACGGAGUGUUGAUGUUUGAGAUGCUGACGGGCUCCCUGCCCUUCCAGGGAAAGGACCGGAAGGAAACCAUGACCCUGAUUUUGAAGGCAAAGCUAGGCAUGCCCCAGUUUCUGAGCACAGAAGCCCAGAGCCUGCUACGGGCCCUAUUCAAGCGGAAUCCUGCCAACCGGCUCGGCUCCGGCCCGGAUGGGGCAGAGGAAAUCAAGCGGCAUGUCUUCUACUCCACCAUCGACUGGAAUAAGCUAUACCGUCGUGAGAUCAAGCCACCCUUCAAGCCAGCCGUGGCGCAACCUGACGACACCUUCUACUUUGACACUGAGUUCACAUCCCGCACACCCAAGGAUUCCCCAGGCAUCCCCCCGAGUGCUGGUGCCCAUCAGCUGUUCCGUGGCUUCAGCUUCGUGGCCACUGGCCUCAUGGAGGACGAUGGCAAACCUCGGGCCACACAGGCCCCCCUGCACUCGGUGGUACAGCAACUCCAUGGGAAGAACCUGGUUUUCAGUGAUGGCUAUGUGGUAAAGGAGACGAUUGGUGUGGGCUCCUACUCCGUGUGUAAGCGCUGCGUUCACAAGGCCACCAACAUGGAGUAUGCUGUCAAGGUCAUCGAUAAGAGCAAGCGGGACCCCUCAGAAGAGAUUGAGAUUCUCCUGCGGUACGGGCAGCACCCCAACAUCAUUACCCUGAAAGACGUGUAUGAUGAUGGCAAACACGUGUACCUGGUGACCGAGCUGAUGCGGGGUGGGGAGCUGCUGGACAAGAUACUGAGGCAGAAGUUCUUCUCAGAGCGGGAGGCCAGCUUCGUCCUGCACACCAUCUGCAAGACUGUGGAGUAUCUGCACUCACAGGGGGUUGUGCACAGAGACCUCAAGCCCAGCAACAUCCUGUACGUGGACGAGUCUGGGAACCCCGAGUGCCUGCGCAUCUGUGACUUUGGCUUCGCCAAGCAGCUGCGGGCUGAGAAUGGGCUCCUCAUGACGCCUUGCUACACAGCCAACUUCGUGGCGCCCGAGGUGCUGAAGCGCCAGGGCUACGAUGAAGGCUGUGACAUCUGGAGCCUGGGCAUUCUGCUGUACACCAUGCUGGCGGGAUACACUCCAUUUGCCAACGGACCCAGUGACACCCCAGAGGAGAUCCUGACCCGGAUCGGCAGUGGGAAGUUUACCCUCAGUGGGGGAAACUGGAACACGGUUUCGGAGACAGCCAAGGACCUGGUGUCCAAGAUGCUGCAUGUGGACCCCCACCAGCGUCUCACAGCCAAGCAGGUCCUGCAGCACCCAUGGAUCACCCAGAAAGAUAAGCUUCCCCAGAGCCAGCUGUCCCACCAGGAUCUGCAGCUUGUGAAGGGAGCCAUGGCAGCCACGUACUCUGCGCUCAACAGCUCCAAGCCCACCCCCCAGCUAAAGCCGAUCGAGUCAUCUAUCCUGGCCCAGCGGCGGGUGAGGAAGCUGCCAUCCACCACUCUGUGAGGGGCCUGGCGCCCAGGCCGCAGGGCGGUGCUAGCUUGAUGGAGGCAGCAUCCUUCCCAGAGGGAGCAGCCUGAGUCACGGGGCCAGAGCAAGUUGGAGCCUCGAGGGGUCCGGGAAGCAGCCAGCCCAGAUCACCCCUGGUGAGGGUGUGAGAAGUGCCUUCUCCUUCCCCAGGACAGACUCUUCCGGCUUAGGCUCUGCUGGUGGAAAUCAGUUCACUGUACAAACUCUGACCUUUUUUAAGGAAAAUAAUGGCGUCAACCCCCGUGGAGUUUUACAAGAUCCAUUUGCCUUUCUGGGAGCAGAAAUAGCCAGUCAACCCCAGAAGGGGCACUGCGUCAUGCUGGGGCUCUCUGAGGCUGAGACUCCUGGAGCAGCUUCGGGGUCCUACCCUGGGGGCCCCACAAUCGGUUAUCUGGAGCCAUUGGCAGAUCCCCCACGGCAGCCUGGCAUCGCCUUGCAGAGCCACCGACUGUUAAGCAGAACUCCCUCUCUCCCCAGCCAGCUCCUCCUCCAGCCUCUUCUGCCAGGGGUAUAGAACCACUUUCGGCUAGAGCUGCUGGCUCCAGGCUCCAGGCACCAGCAUCCGCAUCAGCCCACCCAUGGGCCCCUGCGUUCAGGUUGGGCCGCCCCAGGGAGAGGACGUGGAGAGCACUUUUCGGCAGAUUUCUGUUGAGUCUGCUACUGGACAGAGGUCACGGAGGCCAGGGGUGCAGGCCACAGGGGAAGGGGCUUUUUUCAUUUCUUCCUCAGCUGAUAACUCAGGGUUCAUCUGUCCAUGGCCUUUCUAAUAAACUUACAAUCAAAUCGAA